GAUCUUUCUCUUCAAAUUAGUCCUCCCAUUAAUUCAACCUUCCCUACCUCUAUUGAAGCCUCCAAUGGAGUUCUUGGGGCUCAUAAAUUCAAUCAAAUAACUAAUGGGGUUUGGCUUUUGGAUCAUCAUCUUCCACCUUCUGAAGAUCAUCAUGGCCUCUUCAACCAAAUUCAUGGCUUCCCAAUUCAUCCCAAUAAUCCUUCAUCUUUCUCUUGGAAACACUCCAAACAAAUGCCUUCUUCUUCUUCUUCUUCAAUCUCGUACUCAAACAUCUCUAGCUUCCGGUACCAGCUGAACGCUGGCCGGUCGUCGAUGGGGGCGAGAGGACAAGGCGUGAGGGCGCCGAGGAUGCGGUGGACGAGGACCCUCCAUGCUCAGUUUGUUCAUGCUGUUGAGCUUCUUGGCGGCCAUGAAAGAGCUACGCCUAAAUCAGUUCUAGAGCUCAUGGAUGUGAAGGAUCUAACAUUGGCUCACGUCAAAAGCCAUUUACAGAUGUUUCGCGCUCAUAAGACGACCCACAAGCCUCCAGCUUCUCCACGUUAGUCGGAGUGUAGCUUCGACUCUCUCGAGGAUGAUAUGUGUCCUUAGCUUCAAUGGGGAAUUCCACGGUAGAUGGAAACCUAUGACUCCUUUCGACUUGAGGGGACAUGGGCUAUGGUUGCUCUAAGAGUCCUCUUUGCUCUAUGAAUUCUACGAGGUGAAUUGUUAUGUU